AUGAUGAGAAACACAUUAGACAACAGGAUGUCUGCAUCAGCAAACUUCACACUAACAGGAGCACUUGCAGGAAACUCUGAUGUUUUCCAAGCCUUUCCGAGACCUCGACCCAGUCACCAUGCUUUCGAGUGGGUGAAAGAGUUUGAAAGCAUCAGCAGGUGGCAGUUUCUAUCUGAACGCACAUCGUGCAGAUCUUACAGCAGACAACUUCUGGCUGCUCCCAUGGCACCCGCCGUGGGAGAAGAUGUAAAACUUGCAACCUCUACUCUGUAUGAGGAGAAUGUGCACUUUGGCACACACUUGGAGGUUUGGGGUAGCUGGUACGACAUGGAGAAGAAGUGCUGGGGUUAUGCCUGCUGCAGGGUGACAAGGCAGCGCCAGAGGCGCUGCCCAAAGACUGCGCCCCAAGCAGAAGGUGAAGAGGAGGAGGAAGACGAAAUGGAAGUGAAGGUGAGCCGUCGCAUGGCAGAUUUGCUGGAGAAAAAUCCAUCCUUCACAGGGGAGGUGCCGAAUCCAGAUCAGGAGAAGAACUGGAGUGACCAGGAGCUGAAGAAUUUCAUCCAUAGCAAUGGCCUGAUUCGCCCAGCGAGGACGAAGGGCCAACAGAAGCCAGAGCCAACUCCUGCUGAUUGGAAGGUACUGGAGUUGGAGCCGGGUGCCGAUCCCACGCAGCUGAAAAAGGCCUACAGAAAGUUGGCCUUGCAGUACCAUCCGGACAAACAAAGAAACGAAAAAGACAAGGCCUCUGCAACGGAGAAGUUCCGCAAAGUGGUGGAGGCCUACGAGGCAAUUGCAGGCCAUGUUGCAGAAAUUCCUGCAGUCGCAGCGUCAGAGGACAACGUUCGGAAGCGACGAUGGCGCAUUGUGAUUGUGGACUGAUUGGGCCUGGCAUCGAGCAACAAAAAAGCAGCUGCGCGAAGUUGCACUUUGUACAGCCAAGUGUCAAUGAAUUCGUGAGUGUCAAGGUACUAGCAUCAUCAUUUGCGCAUCCAAGAGAACCGUACAGAAAUGAGGAUACGAAGAAGAGCGCGUUCGUGCAAAGAUAGCGUUGAUCAGUAGCAGCAAGUAGAAAAACAA